CAAUUGACGUAUGUUGGGAUGGCGGACUGGAGUGAGAUGAUGAUAGUUGAUGGCGGGUUGGCGACGGAGCUCGAAGCUGCGGGGCUGAACAUACAGGACGAUCCAUUAUGGAGUGCAAGAGUAUUGCAAACAAAUCCACAAGCUAUCAAAAAUGUGCAUACAAGUUACCUUUGGCAUGGAGCUGAUGUCAUCACUACAGCCACAUACCAGGGGAGUGUGGCAGGAUUUAUGAAGUACCUUGGUUUGACACCAGAGGAGGCAGACCAGCUUUUGCAGUCAGGAGUACAGCUUGCCAAAGAGGCCAUUGCUGAGUUUCUGGCAGAAUCCGGAAGCAUGGAGAGGCAAAAGCCCCUCAUUGCAGGUUCCAUUGGACCCUACGGAGCAUUUUUACAUGAUGGUUCUGAAUAUUCAGGGAACUAUAUUGACCACAUGUCUAAAGAGGAAUUAAAGACUUGGCAUCGACCUCAGAUGCAGUCCUUAAUAACAGCAGGAGUGGAUCUCAUUGCAAUGGAAACAAUUCCCAGUCAAAAAGAAGGAGAAGCUCUGGUGGAACUUCUUAGAGAAUUUCCAAACAGCAAAGGCUGGCUGUCAUUUUCCUGUAAGGAUGAGCAAUGUAUUUCCCAUGGAGAGAAGUUUGCUGAUGCUGUGAAAUAUCCUAUUGAUUCUGAUCAGCUGGUGGCAGUAGGAUUAAAUUGCUGCUCGCCAGAUGUAGUUGGUUCUGUCCUUGCUACUGUUGAACAAAAUAAACGUCCAAAAGGUGGAUGGAUUGUAUAUCCAAACAGUGGAGAAAAAUGGAAUCCUAAUAAGGGCUGGGAAAGUGGUCCAGUCAAAUGUAAACUAGCAAAACUUGCAUUGGAAUGGAAAGAAUAUGGUGCUAAAUGGAUUGGUGGCUGUUGUCGAACAACUCCAGCUGAAAUAGCUGAGCUACAACGUACACUAAAACCGAAUUUGUCACUUAAUUGAGCUUCAGAUGUGUGAAAUAAGCAACAAGUUGAUGCUUAUGAAUAUCCUGUAAAAAGUCACAAAUCAAUGCUGCCUAACAGUUUUCAACAUACAAGACCAAUGUUCUUCUCAAGUACUACUGUUAACAAUAAAAAUAGUGAAAAUUCCAUCUUGUUGAAGAUAGCACAAUAAUUAUUUAGCACCAGAGUUACUUUAGAGGAGGAAUAGAGGAUGAAAUUGCAUAUAUUAUUUAUCAUUGUAAAAGAUCUAAAUACUGUUAAGUAUUAUUACAAGUAUUAAUAUUCAUUCUUCUGGCUCCACUCAUAACAGGAGAGUAAAACACACAAAUAGCUAGGGAUAUAAGAGAAUGAAAGAUCUGAACCAGAGAUGUUCUACAUUGGGCCAACUGCAAAAUAAUAUGAUGAAUAAAAAUAAUAGGAUUGCAAAAUCAAAAGAAUUUUUAAAAAUUAAAAAAAAGUGCCUAUAAAAAGUAUUCACUCCCCUUGGAAGUUUCCAUGUUUUAUUGCUUUACAUUGAAUCACAGUGGAUUUAAUUUUACUUUUUUUGACACUGAUCGACAGAAAAAGACUCUUUCAUGUCAAAGUGAAAAAUGAUCUCUACAAAGUGAUCUAAAUUAAUUCCAAAUAUAAAACACAAAAUAUUUAAUUGCACAAGUAUUCACCCCCUUUAAUAUGACACACCAAACCAUUAGUGGUGCAGCCAAAUGGUUUUAAAAGUCACAUAAUUAGUUAAAUGGAGAUCACCAUGUGCAGUCAAAGUGUUUCAAUUGAUUGCAGUAAAAGUACACCUGUAUCUAGAAGGUUCAACUGCUGGUGAGCCAGUAUCCAGUCAAAAAUUACACCAUGAAGACGACAGAAUACUCUAAGCAACUCCGCAAAAAGGUUAUUCAAAAGCACAAGUCGGGAGAUGGAUACAAGAAAAUCUCCAAGUCACUGAAUGUCCCUUGGAGUGCAGUUAAAUCAAUCAUCAAGAAAUGGAAAGAAUGUGGCACAGCUGUAAAUCUGCAUAGAGCAGGCCAUCCUCAAAAACUGAGCAAGAAGGGGAUGAGUAAGGGAAGCCACCAAGAGACCUAGGACAACUUUGGAAGAGUUACAAGCUUCAGUGGCUGAGAUGGGAGAGACUGUGCAUACAACAGUUGCCCUGGUGCUUCACCAGUCACAGCUUUAUGGGAGAGUGGCAAAGAGAAAGCCAUCGUUGGAAAAAAAACUCUCAUGAAAUCUUGGCUAGAUUUUGCCGGAAGGCAUGUGGGAGUCUCUGAAGUCAGCUGGAAGAUGAUUCAGUGGUCUAAUGAAACAAAAAUGAGCUUUUUGGCCAUCAUACUAAAGGUUACGUUUGGAGUAUGCCAAACAACGCACAUCUUCAAAAACAUGAUUCCCUACCAUGAAGCAUGGUGUCAGUUGCAUCAUGCUGUGGGGAUGCUUCACUGUAGCAGGCCCUGGAAAGCUUGUGAAGGUAAAAUGAAUGCAGCAAAAUACAGGGAAAUCCUGGAGAAAAACCUGAUGCAAUCUGCAAGAGAACUGUGACUUGGGAAAAGAUUUGUUUUCCAGCAAGACAAUGACCCCAAGCAUAAAGCCAAAGCUACACGGGAAUGGCUUAAAAACAACCAAGUUAAUGACUUGCAGUGGCCAAGUCAGAGUCCAGACCUCAAUCCAAUUGAGAAUUUGUGGCUGGACUUAAAGGGUGUUCACUCAUGAUCCCAAUGCAAUCUGACAGAGCUUGAGCAGUUUUGUAAAGAAUGUAGAAAAAUUGCAGUGUCCAGAUGUACAAAGCUAAUAGAGAACUAUCCACACAGACUCAAGGCUGUAAUUGCUGAAAAAGAUGCCUCUACAAAACACUGACUUGAAGGAGGCGAGUAAUUAUGCAAUCAAUUAUUUUGUGUUUAAUAAUUGUAAUAAAUUUCGUCAAUUUUUAAUGAAAUUUGUUUCCUUUGACACGAAAGAGUCUUUUCUGUUGUUCAGUGUCAAAAAAGCCAAAUGAAAGCCACCUUGAUUCAAUGUUGUAAAACAAUAAAACAGGAAACGUUCCAAGGAGGAGUGAAUACAGCUCAUACUAAUUUAGUUGCUGAAGUCUGGAAUGGAUACACUUAGGUGAUGCAAGCCAGAGUGUUUUCUGUCUCGUGACAGGCAGAUGACCUUUUAUGCCUGGGUCCCUUUUACUCCUACAUUGAGACUUACUUUAAACUCAAGAUAGGCACAUGAAUAAAGUUUCCCCCACUAUAACAGAUUAAUAUGGUAGGACUAAGAAGGAAAGGCACAAAAAUCAGAGAGAAAAGAUGAGGAAACAAAAGAAUAAAAAGGAAUCCUUUAUUUUAAUGAAAUUGCAAAACUUUGGUACAUCCUCAUAGAUUCAAACAGGCAAUCCAAACUUUGUCUGUAAAAUCACGACUCUUGAAACUGCAUGGAGGUCUUAGGUACUCUUAUCAGCAUUGUUCCCUACACCAACACAAAUGUUAGUAAAUAAAAUAUAUAGCCAUCAGUCCCUUUGUAUGAGUUUGUGCACAAACAACCCCUAUAUUUGCUUAAAUUAAUAUUAAAUGCACUUAAAAAUUAUCAGAUGUAGUAAAACAAUAUAAUGAAAUUUAGAGCAACACACACAAAAUGCUGGAGGAACCUAGCAGGUUGGGCAGCAUCUAUGGAAAUGAAUAUACAUUGGCGGUUUGGACAGAGACCCUUCAUCAGGACUUGCUAUAAAAGAUUUAUAGUGAGUCCUAUAAUAAAAAUUAAUAAUUAGAUUUAAUGACAUUUAUUUUGCUGUGUGCAAUAAGUCACAUAAACACAAGGAACAGAGGUGGCCAUUUUAUUGUGGCAGUCACAAAAUAUCCAACUACAAGUUACCUACUAUACUGCAUCAAGAUAAUUUCAGAAGUCAAUAAACUGAUGCUAUUCUAAUGAUUUGCACUAAAAGUUAGAAACUGUGGUCUAGUUUUUAAUUGUGAGCACAAUAAAGAAUAGAAUUUUAAUUCUGAAUAAAUAUUAUUGCAAAUUAACAAAAUUGAAAUGCAUUAUUCUAUAAGCAAUAUAUUUUUAAAAUUCCUUGUAAUUAUAAAACAGAACUAUACAGUGUAGGAGCAUGCCCUUUGGCCCACAAUAUACAUGUCGACCAUGAUGCCACUCCAAAUUAAUCCAUAUCCCACCAUUCCCUGCUUGUUCAUGUGUCUACCCAAAUCCCUCUCAAAUGUUACUAUUGUAUCUGCUUUCACCAUUUCCCUCAGCAUGAUGUUUCAGGCUCCUUUUCAAAACCUCCAUAUCCUUUCUGUAAUACGGUGACCAAGUGUCACGCAAUAUUUUAAAAGUGGCCUAAUUAAAGUUUUAUGCAACUGCAACACGACUUCUUGACUUUUAUAAUCAAUGACUCAAACAUUGAAGGCAAACAUGCAUUAGGGCUUUUUUUAACCACCCUAUCUACAGCUGCAGAUACUGGAAUGUAUAACAAAAAAAAAUGCUGGAAAUACCAAACAUAUCAGGUAACAUCUGUAUAAAGAGAAAAUCAGGGUUAAUGUUUCACAUUAAUAACCUUUCAUUAAAAAUCAGAAAAAUUAUAAUUCAAACACAUCUUAAGUGGCAGAAAAGAGAGAGGGAGGCAGGGGUUGGGAGGGGGAAGAGACGAGGGGAAUAUCUGUGACUAAAUGGAGACUAAGAGACAUGGAAUAAAGCAAGUACUGGUGGAGGUCCUCUCCAUAAAUGGUGCCUGGAUGGUGGUAUUCCCCUUCAUAGAUGCUGACUGAUUUGCUGAGUUCCUCCAGCAUUUGAGAGGUUGGUGAAGACUUGUUAAUUGCAGAUAACUCUCUGAAGAAGAUGAACUCGUUUAUACAUAAUGCUUUUAUUGUAGUAAAGUAUCCCAAAGCUGUAAACAAUUUAGGCAAGUACAACCUUCAUAUUUCAAUAGUAAUCAAAUAUGUAGUGCCCAACUAAAAUGCAAAAUGAUGUAAGGCCAUUGAAAGCAAAUUUACAGUAAAAAUUGAU